CCAUUUGCCCUAAUUGUGUGUAUAUACAUAUGGAUGUGCCUGUAAUAAUGUUUCUGGGGUCCCAGAUUCACAUAAUGAUGAUCGUUUAAGGGUCUCGUGCUCCAUUGACUUGUUGCCAUUUCGCAGAGGCUAACUCCCAAACCUGGCACAUGUUUGUAUAUAGCUGGAUACAUAAGUAAUGUAAGUGCGUAUAAUCACCGGCACAGAUGGCUAUCCAUGUACACCGGGUUACCUCAGAUUAAUUAAUCUGCGCAUAUCGCUCCCGAUCUCACGCCUGGUAGACUGAAAUAUGGUGAAGAGUGCAUAAUCAGAAAGAAAGUUAGAAAAGAAUUUUUACAAAUAGGCUGUACCAGUGGGAAUUGAACCGCAUUGUACCCUCUGAAAGGAGGAGGAGGAUAUUAAAGGCGUGCUAAAAACCCCGUGUCCUUGAUCUGAUUUAGUAGGCCAAUUGUGAAACCAUGUCCAUCAGAAUAAGCCAAGCAGUGACUCGGCGAUGUUUGAGGUCCGCGAGGAACUGGAGAACUACAAGUGGUUCUGGGGGGAGAUGAACCGGGCAGACAGCGAGACAAAGAUGAGGGCCGAAGGUGAAGUGGGCAACUUUGCUAUCCGGCUCAACGCCAACGGACACUACGUCAUGACUUUCUGGCGUGCCGAUGGCAUCCAUCACCAUAAGAUCAUCCACCAAAUUGGAAUAUUCAGAUUCGAAAAAACAGCAGUGAGAGCAGAAGGAAAUUCUCUGGUGGACUUACUGGACAACUACAUGAAGAACUGCAUCGACAAGAAGAUAGUUCCUAUUGGUGGAGUCCUCCACUUGGUCUACGACGAGGCCUGGAACCCUCCUGAGAUAGACCACGACCAGCUACAGAGGAAACUGCUGGCUCGGAACGACAUGAGAGAUAGAAGAAAGUUUCUUCAGGACGUUCUCCAGACACCUCAAUCACCGUCCGCGCCGUCAACUCAGUCCAAGAACCCUCGCAGGAAAAAGGAGGAGUACACUGUCGUCUCCCCGACAACUGGGGUCAGGGAAAGCGAUCUGACUCAGACCCUUCCCCCUGGGUCCUCCUUCCAACAGGAGAUAAAAUUCAAGAUGUCAGAGAAGUCGGGGAAAGUCCCUCCUCAACCUCCACUCAAACCGACGGCCACACAGGAUGGGAAGAAGCCGCUGCCAAAACCACCAGUGAAGAAGAAGAAGCCGGCAGCCGAAGGAAAAGAGGUCGCGGCGGAGCCUAUGGGACUGCCCGUCAGUGACAAGAGAAAUAAUCCCCUCCCCCCGACCCCGCCGGAGAUCUCACCGAUUCGUGCUGGCAGUGGAGGAUCUAGCCCCAAACCAGGGCGUCCGAAACCGCUCCCUCGUGGUGGUGAUGGUGACAGCGGGAAGAUGACGUCCUCCUCCUCCCUCUCUCCAUCAUGGGCCAACCAGAAAUCCUCCCCGACAUCUCCCUCUCCUCCUCCUCCCGAACAAGCCGUCUACGAAAACACCGAUUUCAGCUCCGCGCGAGAGAAACGGGUGAAAAACAAAAAGUUGCCCCCGACUCCCCCAAACACUAAACCAUCAGGACACACCCCCUCGUUGGGAGAUACCCCCUCGUCUGUGACCUCUGACCCUGAACUAGACGUCGGUGGGCAGGACGUGUACGAGAACACGGCGUUCGGAGACAUGUCUCAAGACGGAGGAGACUUGUACGCAAACGUUCCUGUCAGCCAGCAGAGGAAGGAGAAGACUCACAACGGACACCACCCGCACCCGCCCUACAAGAACGUCGGUCACAGCGAGCCGCAGCCUGCCGCGCCCGACACCGGAACUCCCUACCAGAACAUACAUCACCCCAAAAGAGGACGCCGACGCAAGCACUGAUGAUUUAUGAUAUUAUUAUAUGAAGCUUAUUUUUUUUGUUUCUUUGCACUUUUAAGUUGUUUUCUAUGCUGUUUUACGUUGGUUUCUGUGUAUUUUUAUGGGAUUGAGUGCUGUCGGUUACUUUUGUCUGUGUGAUACGUGCAUGUUUUACCGUCUGCCUGGCUGUCCACAUUUUUCUGCCACAACACGCAGCAAGCCCAUCAAACAGUAGACAGUGUUACCAACAAGAUACAACACACUAGCUAGC